UCGGAAGCGUCAGCAAAUGACACACUGGAUUGUUAGUCUAUGGCAAAAUGACAGCUAAAAAGGAGAUGAUCUGUUUAGUGCUCGCUGUCAACAUUUCAAUGCUUUCUAGGUAGAUGCAUAUCCUGUUUAUUGAAAAUGUAUGUAUUUGCCAAAAGCUAAGAACCCAUGAGGGACACCAGAGUCAUGUCUUCUGAAAUUUGUGAAACAAUAUGGAUGGCAAAACAGGAGAGGCACAAGAAUCUUUUUCUGAAUUAUAGAAACCUUAGCCAUUUUCCUCUGGAGCUUUUGAAAGAUGAAGGGUUGCAGUUCUUGGAAAGACUUUACAUGAAGAGGAACUCUCUCACUUCAUUGCCAGAAAACAUUGCACAGAAGCUGCCAAAUCUGAUUGAAUUGUACCUUCACUCAAACAAUAUUGCAGUUGUUCCUGAAGCUAUUGGCUCUUUAGCUAAACUGCGGUCCCUGGAUCUAAGCAAUAAUGCACUGCAAGUAGUCUGCCCUGAGAUUGGUCGGUUGAGGUCACUUCGGCAUCUGCGAUUGGCAAAUAAUCAACUGAAAUUUCUUCCUCCAGAGAUAGGAGAUUUGAAAGACCUGGAAACACUGGACCUUUCUACAAACCUCUUAACCACGCUCCCAGAGAGACUUCACCAGUGCCUUUCUUUGCAAUGUCUGACAGUGGAUCGCAAUAGAUUAUGCUGUUUUCCUCGGCAACUCUGUCAACUACCGAGUCUAAAUGAGCUCUCUAUGGCCGGGAACUGCCUUGCUUUUUUGCCACUAGAUCUCGGACGAUCCCGGGAGCUACAAUAUGUCUUUGUGGACAAUAAUGCGGACCUGAAAGGCCUGCCAUCUUAUCUUUACAACAAAGUGAUUGGCUGUAAUGGGUGUGGUUUAUCAGUUACAGUUUCAGAUCUGAAACUUCAAUCCCAGUCCUCAAGCGAGAUGACAACUCCCCUGCCAGCAGAGGUCAAAACAAUAGGCACAGAAAUGGAGAGAGUUAUACGUCUAGAGGAGCUAACUAUGAGAGUUUUGCACAGCAUUUACAAGAGCAGGAUCAAAGAUAUGAACUUCUGCCCACCUUUUGUCUUAUCCAAGAGUCACUGGAAACUUCUUUAUUGUCCUUUGGGGCAUUGUCAUCGCUGCAGUCAGCCAAUGUUUACUAUUGUUUACCCAAAAUCAUUUCCUUUGAGGGAAACACCGUUAGCUGAUGUGCACCGCAGGACUGCUCUCAGUUUUGUUGCAUACUGCUGCUCAAGCCGCUGUCUACAGUCAUUUAACCUGCAGAACUGAAUCAAGUCAGCUCAUUCCACAACUAUGAAAAAAGAUCUUUUUACACCGAGGAAAAACUAAUUUAAUGGACUUCCACUGCCAUGGAUUUCGGAAAGCAGCACAGACCGACUUGUCAACAGGCACAGAGGAUCACAAAUCUGAUUAUUGAGGGUGCCUGGUAAAUGAUCCCCAGGGAGGACUUGCAUAUGCAGUAAACUGCCAUUUCAUUUUUCCUGUGGAAACAAUUUAACUGCUUCUGCAAACCUAAGACUGAGCCUUUCAUAGAGAAUUCUGCUGGGACAUGUGAAGUGAAUGGUGCAGUGGGCCACAGAGAACUGACAAAUGUCCAUGGUUUGUGUGAUCGUUGCAUUAAUGUAGAUCAGUGCAUUUCUGUAUUUUCUUACUUGAAGUGAAGACUUGCAACGGUUUGGCGUCAUUAGAACCUUAAUCAGAAUAUCCUGAAGUUAGGAAUAACUAUGUUUGGAUAUUCUGUUUUUUAUUAUACAGAAAUGAGUACAUUAUCAGAUAUUAAGGAAUUCAGGUGUGACUUGCAGUACCACAUUUGUAAAGAUACAGCAUUGCUCUGUAGAUCUUGACUUAAGUCUUAUAAUUAGGUGUCUCCAAUCCAGUCAUUUCAAGUACAAUAAUAUAAGGUGCUACAUGUCAAGGUAUUUAUAAAUGAUCUUGUAAGAAAAUCAUACAUCUUGGACUCCUUGUGUGAGGUUGAACAGCCCUUCAGAAAUUGCAUCUCAUCAGUCCCCAGGUGUCUGUCGAGUUCAGAUUUUGUAUGCACAGGAUGGUAGUUACCAUUUCAGAUUGUGAAUGUUUAUUGGUGAUCUGCUACCCCUAAGACUCCAGUUUAAUACUUUGUAUACCCACCUGACUCUGUUGACCUUUUACGCUCAAUUAAAACAUUAAUUUUCUUGUACAUAA